CAGCCGAGCCAUCAUCCGAAAAAAAAACAAAGUGAAAUCGUCUCGCCUUUUCCCGUAACCUGAUAAGAAACCGCAGACGUCAACGAGGCAGAGAAGAAGGAAAAUCGAGAAGAAGAAGAAAAACGAUAAUGGGAACGAAGACGACGCCAGCGACUGUUGGUUGUCUUUUCACGAAGAUAAACGAAGAUCGUCGGCAGUGGUGUUGGUGUUGUUGUAGGUGUGAUGGUGACACGCAACAAUAAAUCUUGUUCACUCCCACAAGUGAACAGAAGAGAGGUCCUUUCUUCUAGUGCGGUAGGUGGGUGAUGAGGUGAAAAUGACCUAGUGCAUAACCAAUAAUCUUAGAAUGCAAACAAAGUUAAACUGAACCAUGUUUCUCGUGAAACCCGUGUCAUCAUCAUCGUUAGACAAGCCUCCUGAAUGUACCAAAAAUGUGCUUAAAAACAUAGUGAAUAAACCACCAAAGUUUUCCGAAGAAAACCCCUGAAGCAGGAAAACCGCCCAAAACCACAACGAAAUCAAACCCCCGCAAAAUGUCCUCGCUCAAAUUCAUCGACUACAUGAACAUCAGCUCGCUGAGCGCAAUAAGCUUCGUGAACGCAAGCCUUGCUUAUCUGAACAGCACCAACGGUAGCACUGCCUCCUACCCCAGCGCUGUCAAUCUUACCACCGGCAACGGCAGCAUGUUGCUGGAAAUGGCCUCACCACCUUCCGCCGCGUCCGCACUUCCGGCCCUGUUCAGCCUGAACGGAACGGCGCUGGACUUUGGACUGGGGGGAGUGGGGGCCGGGCCGGGGGGAAGCUACCCCGCCCCCAACUACAGCUUCCCCUUUCACAACUUUGUGCAGAAAGAGUUUAUCUUCGAUCGGACCGAUGUGAGAGUGAUUUUCAUUACGCUGUACUCGCUGGUGUUUUGCUGCUGCUUUUUUGGCAACCUGCUGGUGAUACUGGUAGUAACGAUGUCCCGCCGGUUGCGCUCCAUCACCAACUUCUUCCUGGCGAACCUGGCCGUGGCCGAUCUCUGUGUGGGGGUGUUUUGUGUGAUGCAGAAUCUGACGAUCUAUCUGAUCGAAAGCUGGGUGUUUGGAGACUUCCUGUGCAAAAUGUACCAAUUUGUGCACUCGCUCAGCUACACGGCGUCCAUCUUCAUCCUGGUGGUGAUCUGCACGGAGCGGUACUUUGCCAUCAUCCAUCCGAUCACUUGCAAGCAGAUACUGACCUCGAGGAGGUUGCGGCUGGUCAUCGUGGCCGUCUGGAUCACGUCGGCCGUCUACUCGGUGCCAAAGUUUAUCUUCGUCCGGACGAUUACGAACAACCUCGGCGACGACCAGCUCGAGACCAUCUGCAUCGUGAACCGGAAGGCGUUCAACUCGGAGCUGUUCGACAUCAUCAACUUUGCCUUACUGUACCUGCUGCCGCUGCUGGUCAUGACCAUUCUGUACAGCCGGAUAGCGAUCGCACUGUGGAAGAGCUCGCGGGGGUUGGAGCGCCACAUCGCGCUGCAGAACACGACCUCGUCCAGCUACUCGAACAACUUCCACCGGAAGCCGAGCAGCAAGUACGAGAAGCGCGCCGUCGGCGUCACGGAGAGUCAGGUCUCGGUGGAGUCGGACAAGGUGGUGGUGACGACGUGGCGCUCGCAGAACAGCUUCCACCAGCAGCGCCACCACGGUACGCAGCUGACGCAGGUCAGCCACUCGUCAAACAAUGUGCUGCGGGCACGCCGUGGGGUAAUCCGGAUGCUGAUGGUGGUGGUGCUAACGUUUGCCCUCUGCAAUCUGCCGUUCCACGCGCGCAAAAUGUGGCAGUAUUGGUCAACCGACUACAAAGGUGACUCCAACUUCAACGCCCUGUUUACGCCGCUCACCUUCCUCGUGACGUACUUCAACUCGGGCGUCAACCCGCUGCUGUACGCCUUCCUCAGUCGGAACUUCCGCAAGGGAAUGCGCGAGCUGUUGCUGUGCUCCUUCAAGAAGAACAAAAACAAAUCCCUCAACCAGCGGAUCCCGAUGCACAACCAUUCCUUACGAACCGAUUCAACCCAUGUAGGAUUUCCCCAAUGAUGCUACGACCUGAUCGUGUGCCGGCGGCGGUGGCGGCAAACCUCCUCCUGCUGCUGCUGCUGCCCCUCGUGGAGCUUCCGGAGCUCGCUGGCACCC